AUGCUCUGCUCUGAACACUUAGUCACCCCUCUCCUCAUAGGAAAAUCCCUCAAAAUGUCGUUCUUCAACCCGUUUAGGAGAGCUCGUGUCGAGCGGGAUGAGGGGAAGAUUGUCAUCCAAGUGAAGUGGGGUAGAGAGAGAUUCAAUAUUCCUAUUCCCUCACCAUCCCUCACCCCGCUCUCCACCCUCCUAGCCACUCUCUCCUCCCAAACUUCCUUACCGCUCGAUGGACUCAAAUUGAUAUACAAGGGAGCCGUCCUAAAAGAUCCAUCACUUACCAUCUCUUCGUACGGUAUCGAAGAUGGAUCGACCUUGGUCCUCGUAGGAAAGGGAGGUCCAGUACCUAGUGCACCUCCUUCCUCUUCUUCGGCAGCUAAACCUAACGGCGUAGGGGCGAAGAAGAAUAAACAACCUGAAACGGAUCAAGAAUCAGUAUUGGUCUCAUGGAUUUCGAACUUGGUGGAAUCAGUCCUGAAUCCCUUGAUACCAAGUAUAGUUACUUUUAUAUCCCAGACCGAUCCCAAUGCUACGAACAAACCUAAACAUAUACCACCUUUUGAGACUCUACAGAAAGAACAUGCUAGAUUAUCUGAAUUACUUCUUAAAGGUUUACUAGAUUUAGAUGGAGUACAGAUUCCUCAGAGUGAUUGGACGAAUGCGAGGAACGAGAGGAAAUUGGGAGUGAAGAAGAUACAGGAACAGUUGAAUCGGGUGGAUGCAGCUUGGGGAGAAAGAAAGAGAUUAGUAGGGUGA